UUCAAACUCACUCUCUCUCUCUUCACGCACAAAACUUGCAAAUUGAACUGUGAAAAAUGAAAUCUUUGACUGUUUCACGCCUUUAACGAUUCCUUGGAUUUUCAUCCCAAGAAAAAAAAAAGUGUUAUUUCGCCCUGUUUUGUGAUUCUUGUGAAGGGGUUUCUUUAUUUUUCUUGUUUGUACUCUUUUUGAAUAUUUUUCCUUGUUCUGUUUUAGACCAGUAGAAUCUUUGAAGUGCUCUGCGGGAUUUGCAACUUUUUUUUUUUCAUUCUGGGUUUGGGAUUUCCGUCAUUGACCACACUUCUUGACCUUCAAGAGACUAUUCACAAUAGUGAAGUUGAUCAACAAGCUUCUUCUCCUUAUCUGUGAGACCUGGCUACUUACCCUUUUUGCAGAAGUUGAAGAGUUUGAUGAGGUCUAGGGUUUAUGCUCUGCAUCUUUUCCUGGAUUCAUGAUUUGGGUCUUUUAUUGACUUAUUAUUAGGCAAUCUUGACGAAAAGAAAAGAGUAUGGUUGCGAAAGACCACAAGAAAGCCACGGGAUCUCCAAAAGUAGAAGUUGGAGAAAUAGACACCAGCGCGCCAUUUCAGUCUGUCAAAGAUGCUGUCACCUUGUUUGGAGAAGGUGCUUUCUCGGGGGAAAGAAAUGUGAUUAAGAAGCCAAAACCGCAUUCCGCAGAGAGAGUAUUGGCGAAGGAAACGCAGCUUCACUUGGCAAAGAAAGAGCUAGACAAAUUAAAGGAACAAUUGAAGAACGCUGAAACUACGAAAGCCCAAGCACUCGUGGAGCUUGAAAGGGCCAAACGGACCGUUGAGGAUCUGACCCAAAAGCUCAAAAUUGUUUCUGAUACGAAGGAUUCUGCAGUUAAGGCAACAGAAGCAGCAAAGAAUCAGGUGAGGCAGCUUGAAGAAGCGGGGAAUAGCUAUUCUAAACCGAAUGGUAAUGGCUCUUGGAAGCUGGACUUUGAAAGUGCGAGAGAUCAGUAUAAGGCUGCACUAGCUGAUCUCGAUGCAGCAAAACAAGAGCUGAGGAAAAUGCGUCAAGAUUAUAAUUCUUCGGUAGAUGAAAAGGCUGCAGCUAUCAAGCAAGAAGCGGAAGCUGAUCGAGCUUUCAAAUCUAACACCGAAAAAGCUAGCGAGCUUUCCAAGGAAAUAUUGGGUGUACAGGAGUCGAUUCAGCAGCUAAAACUUGUCAGUUCACAAGUGCAGGAAGAAGAAGCAACAAUUUACGUCGAGAAGGAUGUCCAGAAACAGUCAUACAAGUCCAGGCUAGAAGAAUCGACUAAAAAGUUAGCUGCUUUAAGAAAGGAGAUCAAUCCCGACUUAACAAAAAACCUGGAAACUCAGCUGGCUGAAACAUUGUCUGAGAUAGAAUCACUACAAAAGGCGAUGGAUACUGCAAGGUCUUCGGAUCUUGAUUCAGUGAAGGCUGUUACCACAGAGCUCGAUGAUGCCAAGGGAUCGCUGCAUAAGGUAGCGGAGGAGGAAAGUUCGUUGAGAACUCUGCUGGAGAAGCUUAAAUUGGAGCUAGAGAAUGUCAAAAAAGAGCACUCUGAACUGAAGGAGAAGGAAGUAGAAACUGAAUCAGUUGCGGGAAAUCUCCAUGUCAAGCUCCGGAAAGCCAAGUCCGAGCUCGAAGCAGCACUCGGGGAAGAAUCAAAAGUUAGAGGUGCUUCUGAAGAAAUGAUCUCUACCCUCAACCAGCUUAGAUCAGAGUGUGAAAACGCUAGGCGUGAAACAGAAGAAAUGAAGACACAAAUGGAAGUGGUAAAGAAAGAAGGCGAAACGAUCAAAAUCGCACUAGAAGAGGCUGAAAAGAAACUUAAAGUUGCAUUGGAAGAAGCUGAAGAAGCAAAAACAGCCGAAGCUCGGGCUCUUGAUCAGAUCAAGAUUAUGUCAGAGAGAACCAGUGCUGCCCGUGCCUCGACUUCCGAGUCUGGUGCACAAAUCACUUUAUCUAAAGACGAGUUCGACUCAUUAACCCGAAAAGUUGAAGAAUCCGAGAAAUUAUCCGAGAUGAAAGUGGCUGCUGCAAUGGCUCAGGUGGAGGCCGUGAAAGCCAGCGAAAACGAGGCUAUCAAGAGGUUGGAGGCUACUCAGAAGGAGAUCGAUGACAUAAAAGCUGCUACUCAGGAGGCACUAAAGAAGGCGGAGAUGGCUGAGGCUGCAAAAAAGGCGGUGGAGGGAGAGCUCCGAAGGUGGCGGGAAAGAGAACAAAAGAAAGCAGCGGAAACAGCUUCCCGUAUUCUGGCAGAAACGCAGAUAGCAUCCGAACCAUCAUCUCCUCAGAAUCUCAGAUACGAAAAGCAUAGCCCACAAGAGAAAGUGAUGCAAUCACGCAAGCUGGAAAAGGCAAAGACAUCUGUGUCAAAGAAAGCCGUGAUGAUGCCCAACCUUAGUGGCAUGUUUCACAAAAGAAGAAACCAAGUCGAGGGUGGUUCUCCUUCUUAUCUGCCCGGAGAGAAACCCGUGUGGUGAAGUUUGUGAGACGCACAUCGACUCAAAUGAUUAGUAGUUGAGAGUGGGUUUUGUCCAUGUUUUUGGCUUGUGUAUAACUAAAACUUGUGGAACAUCUAAGGUUGUCAAGAAGUCUGUAUGUUUUUUUUUAAUAAAAUCAAAUCACUGCAUCUUUGAGGCUAUUAA